ACAACAACUGUCAUCGUAAGGUUUUUUGUUGAUGUUGGUAAUGGAUGUUUUGAUACAAUUGCCUUUUUAAACUUUUAUAUUCUUAUUGGAAAUGGUGCGAAAUCCACCCUCGUUGAAAUUGAGACAGCAGAAUGGUAAUUCGAUUCCACGACGCGAAAACAAGAAGGAGGUGCAGAAAAAGACUGAAAAGCAGCAGUCCAUUAAGGUGAAUAAUGAGGUGAAUUACUUGGCAUACCCUGCUGGUGAUACUGCACUGAAAGCUUUGCUAUCGGCCAGGUUCUGUGCAGCUAUUUGGUCACAUGUGACAGAUUGCGAUGAGACAUACAACUAUUGGGAACCUACACAUUACCUAAUAUUUGGUAAAGGUUUGCAGACAUGGGAAUAUAGUCCUGAAUAUGCACUUAGAUCAUACACUUACCUGAUGGUGUAUGCAGCGCCGGCCUAUCUAUACCAAAUAUUAUUGGGCCCCAACCCACUACUGCUGUUUUAUCUGAUUAGAUGCGUGUUGGGAUUGCUCAGCGCUUUAGUAGAGUUGUACUUCUACAAAGCUGUGUGCCGAGAAUUUGGCGUGAACAUUGGUAGAAUGUGUUUGGCCUUUCAGCUGUUCUCUGCUGGAAUGUUUAUAUCGAGCACUGCCCUAUUACCAUCCUCCUUCGCAAUGUACGGGUUGGCAGGAGCCUGUGCAGCCUGGUGGACCCAGAAGUACGCAUUGGCCAUUUUUGUAACAGCCCUCGGGUCGCUCCUAGGUUGGCCCUUCGCUGCUCUCUUAGGUGUACCUAUUGCCUAUGACAUGAUAAUCAUGAAGAAAAUGUACAAGGAUUUCAUCCAGUGGUCGGUGAUCUCGGCAGUGGCUAUUCUGCUACCAAUGGUUCUAAUCGACUCGUCUUAUUACGGAAAAUUAGUCAUUGCACCAUGGAACAUUGUCAAGUACAACGUUUUCGGCGGCGCCGGUCCUGAUUUGUAUGGUACUGAGCCGUUUUCUUAUUACUUGUUAAACGGAUUCUUAAAUUUCAAUUUUAUCUGGGUACUCGGAUUGCUCUGCCCUGUGUUUCUUGUAUUGCAAUACUUCUUCGUGCCAACUAAGAAUAAGAUUACUUUAAGUUUACCGCAUUACGUAUCAAUUGCGCCGAUGUUCCUGUGGUUGGCCGUAUUUAUGUUUCAAGCGCAUAAGGAGGAAAGGUUCUUGUUCCCUAUUUACCCGAUGAUAUGUUUAUGCGGAGCAAUAUCCAUAGACGUCAUCCAGAAACUUGUGUAUAGAGUGUUAUGCAUAUUCUUUCGGGCUCCUAGUGGAACUCAUUACUUGGACUGGACUGUUUUCGUGAUGGUUGGAGCUGUGAUGGUUACUAGUUUAAUGGGAGUAUCGAGGAUUUUCUCCUUGUACAAUAACUACCAUGCGCCGUUGGAUCUGUUAAUCGAACUGCAAAAGUAUCCGGCCGAAGGAAAAAUCAUCAGCAAUGCCAAUGUGAACGUGUGUUUGGGGAAGGAAUGGCACAGAUACCCCAGUUCUUUCUUCUUGCCCGACAAGAAUUGGAAACUUAGAUUCAUUCAAUCCGAGUUCAAAGGAAUUCUGCCUGCUCCGUACUCUGAAUUCGAAAACGGAACAACGUUGAUCCACAGCCAUUUCAACGAUAAAAAUCUCGAAGAGAAAAGUCAAUAUUUCGAUAUCAGCAAAUGUCAUUUUCUCUUGGAUCUUGAUUUGGGGAAGGAAACUCCGCUGGAGCCGAACUACUCCGUCCAGGAUCGAUGGAAAGUGGUGAAAUCUCUGCCGUUUCUCAAUGCGGAAAAAUCGAACAGUUUUUUGAGAGCGUUCUACAUUCCAUUCAUCACCAACAAAUACGUGCAAUACGGAAACUACAACUUGUUACAAACAGUUAGACAUAGGAUCAAGACGUGAAUAAUGAAGUAAACCAAAGAAUAAAUUAUAUUACAAAUA